AUGGAUUCUUCAAAAAAGUCGGGUCCUUCUUCAAGUGAACCGGUGGCUACUAGUGCAGCAGAUGCUAAUACACCUGCGGUGCCAUCGUCGGAUGAAAAUGUGAGCAAACCAGAAAUAUCAAAGCCCAUUGUCUUGUCUAAGGGAGUUGAAAAUGCUAAGAAGAGACUUCGAGCAUUCUCCAUUCAGAAGAAAACACCAAUUGCACCUGUAGUUGUCCCUAAAUCUUGUGGCACUGGAAGUACAACAGUUUUAAUUGGGAAGUUAAGCAAUGUGAAAUCAACAACACCAAAGGUUGAUGAUGAGCAAAAGAAAUUGCCGAAACCACCUAAGCCAGGCUCCAAUAAGAAAUCUUACCAAGAUUCAUACUCUGAUCUUCAGAAGCGAACACUAGCAGAAAUUGAAGAUAUGAAACGCAAAAUGGAACUAGUGGAGUUGGGCAUACCUUUAGGCUUAAUAUGUCCCACUUCGACCAGCGAGAAGGCUAUGCCUACAAAAGCUAUGCCACCUAUAAAGCACUUCUUAGAUCCGGCCAAAGUUGAUGAAAUUAUUCGUGAAGCAAAAAAAGCAAGAGAUGAAGGGAAGAAGUAUAAAUUUGAUUAUCAGAAGCUCCUCCCUAAAUAUGACAAUCCAUUUCAACGCAAAAAAGAGGAAGAUAAAAGCAAAACACCUGACACUCGGAGUCGAAGUGAUUUUGAUAGAGAUAAGAAAAAAAGUAACAGACGUGAUUCCAGACGGUACUCUGAUAGUCGUCACAAUGACAGAGAUAAAUAUAAAAAUAGAGAUAAAGAAAAAGGUAGGGAUAAGAAUAAAGAAAAAAAUCACGACAGAGAAGAUAAACAGGCCACGGAUAAAGAAACUAAUGUUAAUUUAAACGACUACUUAGUUUGCGAUAGUUGGUCCUUAGAUAAUGAGGAUAAAAACCGUUCAAGUCCAAAUUCUGAAGAUAAAUCCACUAAGAUAACACAGACAAUAAAAGAUACUAAAUCUGAGAAAGCUAUCGUGGGACAAGCACGGGAUAAUGUACCAAAUAACAAAGAUAUUAUUAAAGAGUACACAAUGGGACUUGUGAAGAUGGAAAAACUGAAGCCAGUUAUGGAUUCAUUUAAAUUUGAAAUAGAUCCUAAUGAUGAAGAAAUUCUGGAUAUAUUUGAUGCAGAUUCUGGAAUAGAAAAGUAUGGACGUAAAACCAGGAGGCAUUCUACAUAUUCUCCGACGGAUAUGAAAUUGAUUGACUAUGAGCAAGAUGACUCUAAAGAUGUUUCAUUAGAUGAUACUAAUGAUGAUACUUUCUUAGAAUCAGUUAUUAAUGAAAUUAAGCAAGAAGAUAUAAAUGAGGACAUUAGUCAGGACAAAGGAUUAGUUGAGUAUGAUAUGUCACCAACAAAAGAUGAGAUGGAUGUAGGUAUGGGAAGCUCCCUGGAACCAAAACGACGUGUUUCUGUAACCCCAGAACUUGAUGACAGAAUGAGAGAUAUACAAAGCCAAAGAAGUGACUAUUCUGAAGGGUACCGUUCUAGUGAAAGUGGAUACAAAACAAGCGACACCAAUGAAAGCGGAUACAAAUCAGUUGACAGUUACCGUUUGUCAAUGGAGAAGGAGUUAGAUGAAAAUGUAGAGUCGAAGAUGUCAAAAUCAACUGUUGAUUCAUUGGAGACGUGGAGCUUUGUUCUUAAGAUAUGUCAACCACUUCUGUUUAGACACGACAAGAAUAAAUGUUACAGAGAGACGCGUACGACUCCAAAGCUUUGGUACGCUGAAAACCCAAAGUUGUGCAACUGCGUGAAGGAUCGUUGCGUCGUGUACAACGAGUUGCAGAUGUGCAAAAUGAGUCUUGUGGAUAGGGUGUAUGGAUGUGACCACAAUGACGUACUAUUUUACAGAAUACCUGAUGCGCCAUUUCCAAAAACCCGAAACUGGUAUCCCCGUCCCCACCUGUGCCUGACUGAGAGCCAUACCGUACCAGUUUCUAGCGAGUGGGAGGCGGAAGAUAUUGGCCAGACUGUAGACACGUGCAUGUCUGCUAAAGAAGACCCCAGAAGAAGAAGAUCCAACACUCCACUGCGAAGCGAAGAAGUCUUACUUGACAGGGAGUAUCAGAGAUUUAUGAAAGCUGUGUGGCCAGAGGUUGCCGAGACUAAAACUGAAAACUCACGAAGCACGACUCCAGUAAGACAAGAUGGGAGAAAGAAGAAAAAAGAAGAAGUCGAGAAAGAACCGGAAGUUAAGAAACCGGUUAAGAAAGUCAAAUUGAGUAGUGAAGGUUGGAGCCAAGAGUCUGAUAUAGAAGAGGAAGCUGAUAAAGGCAAGAAAAUGAAGAUAGACAAAGAUAAACUUCGCAAACGGAAGCGCUCUUCGUCCACGUUCUCAUCGCUUUCGGGGAGUGAAUCAGACGAGAAAAAGAAAAAGAAAUCGCUCAAAAAGAAGGCCCUCAAAAAGUCUAAAUCGAAAUCGGCGAAGCGACGCCGUAUCGGCAAGAAGCUUCUGCGGAAGUUGAAAGAAAAGGAAAAAAAGAAGAAGAAACAAAGCAAAGCAGAGAGGUUGGAUGACUCAGAUGAAUCAGAUGAUGAUGAUGAGGAUGAUAGUGAUAAGAAAAGCAGUAAAAAGUCUAAGAAAAAGAAACAACAAAAAUUAAAAAAGAAGAGCCUGAAGCGAAAAAAGAAGGAAGUGUCUUCAUCCAGCUCGACAUCCUCAAGCAGUGAUAGCAGCUCCGACGAAUAUGAAACGAAAGCUAAGAAAUCUAAAAAAGCAGCAGCUAAAAAGAAAAAAGAGAAGAAACGUAAAAGAAAGAGCUCCUCAUCGGAGUCCGCUCAAAGCGAAGAUCUUUUUGACGUUAACAUUUUAAAUAAUAUAAAAACAGAGCGUUUGACCGAUGACGAGAAGACAAAGUCCUUAAUGGACUUCUCUCCCAGAAGACAGCAGAAACCGCGAGAGAUAAUAAAUGUGAAAGAGCUGCAAAAUGAUUUUGUUGGUAAUAAUAUACACAUAAAGAAAGAAGUAGAAGAGGAUAUCCCAAAAGUGACAGUGCCUGAAACCCAGAAAGUAAAAGAAAUAAAUGAUUGCGACGUGAGUGUAGAAGUUCCGGUAAAGGAGGCCGAAACUAUCGAUGAAAAAGACAAAAAGGAGGUUAAUAAAGUAGAAGUAACAGUUUGUCAAACGGAAACUGUUGAAGAAAAGGAGAAGGAAGAAAAUAAAGUAAAGGAAUCACAAGAAGUUGUCACACCUAUCUCUGUGGAAACAUCAACAAGCCCUCAAAUAAUUCCACCAGUCCCUCAAAUGGUUCAAUCAGUUCCACAAAUGGUUCCAAAAGUCUCUCAAAUGGUUCCAACAGUCCCUCAAAUUAUUCCAACCAUAUCUCAAAAAGCCCCAACAACCGUUCCUCAAGUGGUUCCAACAGUCCCUCAAAUGAUUCCAACAGUCCCUCAAAUUAUUCCAACCAUAUCUCAAAAAUCCCCAACAACCGUUCCACAAAUGGUUCCAACAAUCCCUCAAAUGAUUCCAACCAUAUCUCAAAAAAACUCGACAACCGUUCCUGAAAUGACUCCAACUGUCUCUCAAAUGUUUCCAACAAUAUCACAAAAAGUUAUAACAACGGUCUCACAAACAAUUCCAACUGUGCAAACACCUUCAAACAUUGAGGUAAUUUCAACAAUCUCCCAAGUGAAUUCAGCAAUUCCUCAAAUGAUUCCAACAGUCCCUCAGAUGGUUCCAGCAAUAUCUCAUAAAACUGCAACCGUCUCUCAAACAAUUCCAACAAUUAUUCAAAAAACUUCAAACAUUGAAAUAAUUCCAACAGUCUCGCAAAUAACUACAAUUCCACAAACAACUAGAACAAAUUUCCUAGUAACUCACCAAAACUCCCUAAUAUCUCCAACAAAUUCUCAAAUAACCCCAACAACGAUUUCUCAAAUAAAGCCAGUAAUGGAUGAAUCAAAUAUGUCCCAAUGCUCCUCUCAAGAGUCCGUUUGCAGCGUAAAACCUUAUGAGAAAGAUGACAGUCAUUUGCGCCCUUCCUCACAAAAUUCCAACUACAGUUUUAACGAUGUGAUCAACGCAAGCCAAAGUGGACUUUAUCAGAAAGCAAUAGAGCCAGUUGUGGAGUGCGAAGAUAAGUUUCUCGAGAGCUACCAACAAGAUUAUGAACUGUACGAGCAUUUGGCAAUGGCUUAUCAAAGUGACGUCGCAUCUCAGCAAGCUAUACCGUCGUUGGGAGCGGGCGAACAGCGCAUCGAGACGGUGGUGCGCGCGCGCAGCCGCGGCGAGAUCAAGUGCGACUGGCGCGCCGGCCAUUCGCCCGCGCCCGCGCCGCCGCCACCCGCCGCGCGCCCCGCACGCCCCUCGCGCUGGGGCCUGAAACCGGGUGAAGUGAACAUUGUGCUGACGGGCGGCAGUGACUACACAACGGAACCGUCACCGAAUCACCAGCACGAACAAAUCCAAACAAAAGCACAACCCAAACCGCUCACGCGACCUCAUGUGCCGUCACCACAGCCCGUCUACAAGAUACAGAGCCUCGCCAACCGUACGGAUGUCAAUGUGACUAGUGGAUAUGAUGAAGCGUAUUUGGAUAUGUACGGCGCGUCGGAUCGUCUGCAAUAUGGCGACUGUUUCGCCGAGAAUACAACCGCGAACGUUGUGGUUAACAUCGCAGUAAACCCAACUGAGAGCAUAGACACAACUAAGUCGGAAGCACGUGCCAGUACAUUGGAUGCGAGGAUAGAUCAUGCUCUCAAGACUACUGUUCUAGGCGAAGUUGCGAAGGAAACAGAAGAAGCGGAAGCUGAAAAGGAAGCCCCUGAAAAAGGCAUCCUGAUUACGUCAGGAGCUCCUGGCGAGUCAGGACGCGGAUCCAAACGCGUGAGUUUCGCUGACGGAUAUAAACCCGGACAAGACUCGGACGUGGAAGAACCGCCUGUUAAAAAGAGACGCAAGGCGCACGUGUCACGUCGCGUGGGGUGUGCGUGGCCGUGCCCCGCGUCGCACCCGGACCACGUGGCGCUGUGGGACGCGCUGCCACCGCCCCCGCCGCCGCCCGGCUCCCCGCCGCCACCGCGCCGCCGCGCGCCGCCCACCGCCCUGCUGCGAGCCGCGCGCCGCUGCCCGCCGCCAGCCGCACCGCUGCGCGGGCACAAACUCGAUACAAAUUCGCCGAUCCCGGCCUUCAUGCCAUCAGAACCUCCGCCCAGUCUACUCAACUAUCCGUAG